GGCGGGGGCAAGUGUCAGUCAGGGCAGAACGCGGCGCGGGCAGCGGAGACCCGUGGCACACAGGAGUCCGGGCUGGAACGAGGCCCGCCGAGAUGGAGUUCCUGCUGGGGAAUCCGUUCAGCACCCCUGUAGGGCAGUGUCUUGUAUACAGCUGAGUGAGUUUGUAUACCCUGUCUACCCUGAGUUGUGCGAUCAUGACUGUACUCAGCGAGAACAGCCCCAUCAUCCCACAGGCAUUAGCGCCCACUGCCCACUCUUCCCAGCUCACCGUCCUAAGCAACUGAGAAGGCAACAGAUGGCUCCCUGCAGAGCGAGGACUGGACACUGAAUAUGGAGAUCUGUGACAUCAUCAACGAGACAGAGGAAGGGCCAAAGGAUGCCAUCCGGGCUCUAAAGAAGCGGCUUAGUGGGAACCGAAACUACAGAGAAGUGAUGUUGGCCCUGACGGUGCUGGAGACUUGUGUGAAGAACUGUGGCCACCGCUUUCAUCUCCUCGUGGCCAACCGAGACUUCAUCGACAGCGUUCUGGUCAAAAUUAUCUCUCCCAAGAAUAACCCUCCCACUAUCGUCCAGGACAAAGUGCUGGCUCUAAUUCAGGCAUGGGCAGAUGCCUUUAGGAGCAGUCCUGACCUCACAGGUGUUGUGCACAUAUAUGAAGAACUGAAGAGGAGGGGGAUUGAGUUCCCCAUGGCGGACUUGGACGCCCUGUCUCCUAUCCACACACCCCAGCGGAGUGUCCCAGAAAUGGAUCCAGCUGCCACCAUUCCCAGGUCCCAGACACAGCCCAGGACAACCGCUGGCACCUAUUCCUCACCUCCUCCAGCUUCCUACUCUACUCUGCAGGCCCCGGCUCUGAGUGUGACGGGCCCCAUCACAGCCAAUUCAGAACAGAUUGCCAGGCUGCGCAGUGAGCUGGACAUUGUUCGGGGAAACACAAAAGUCAUGUCUGAGAUGUUAACAGAAAUGGUCCCUGGGCAGGAGGAUUCUUCUGAUCUGGAACUACUACAGGAAUUGAACAGGACCUGCCGAGCCAUGCAGCACCGCAUAGUGGAGCUCAUCUCCCGAGUGUCCAAUGAGGAGGUCACCGAGGAGCUGCUGCACGUCAACGAUGACCUCAACAAUGUCUUCCUCCGCUAUGAGAGGUUCGAGAGGUACAGGUCCGGCCGAUCCGUUCAGAAUGCCAGCAAUGGAGUACUAAGCGAAGUUACUGAAGACAACUUAAUAGACCUGGGCCCCGGCUCCCCCGCUGUGGUUAGCCCCAUGGUGGGGAGCACAGCACCCCCAUCUUCUCUCUCCUCCCAACUCGCAGGCUUGGACUUGGGGACAGAGAGUGUCAGUGGCACCCUCAGUUCACUUCAGCAGUGCAAGCCACAAGAUGGUUUUGACAUGUUUGCCCAGACCAGAGGAAACUCCUUGGCUGAACAGCGAAAAACGGUCACCUAUGAGGAUCCCCAGGCUGUUGGAGGACUCGCUUCUGCACUUGACAAUCGGAAACAGAACUCAGAAAUGAGAGGGAGAGGUGGGGACUCUGACCUGCAGCCCAUAGACAGCUGGCUCAUGACCCAAGGAAUGAUUCCCGUUGCGCAGCCCUCUGUCAUGGACGACAUUGAGGUGUGGCUCAGGACAGACCUGAAGGGUGACGACCUAGAAGAGGGUGUCACAAGUGAAGAGUUCGAUAAGUUCCUGGAAGAAAGAGCCAAAGCUGCAGAAACAGUUCCAGACCUGCCCUCACCCCCGACAGAGGCCCCUGCACCAGCCUCAAACACUUCAACCCGGAAGAAGCCAGAGCGCUCCGACGAUGCGCUCUUUGCCCUGUGAGCGGUCCUGAGGUUUGCCUCACCCUGGCAGGUCACUACUGACUCUCCCAGUGGACACUGGGCACUGGCCACUCCCCCAGCCUGCAUACCUGUAUCUCCAUGGAAACGCCACUGUGUUUGCGCCCAGGCCACCCUGGUCAGGACCGGCUUUGCCACCUUCUCUCUGUGUGGCUGGCGAAAGCAGCACUGACCAGAGGUCCCGCCUUCCCUCUCCCCAAGGGCUCUCAUGGCCUUCAGUCUUCCCAGGAAGAGCCAGUGGCCAGCGCCAGGCAGGGAAGUCCCUUGACACUUAUGGACAGCACUCCUAAACUGACCCUCUCAUCUCCCCUCCUUGCUUCUGCCUAGCUCCAUGGCUUCCUUCAGGCAAACACUGCUCCACUGGACCCUUCUUCCAUCAAGGACUCUGGGAAAGCAGGGCUUGAGCAUUUGUCACUGCAGGCUUGGGUUCCCUCCUUAGACUGUGUGGUACCUGUGGCACCGAGUGUCUGUACUUGAGUGGGCUCUGUGGGUUACUACCUUGAAGGUCCCUCACAUCCAUUUCCCCAUCAGUCAGCUGCCAGGCCUGGGACCAAGACAGGGACCUGUGGCUCUUGGUGUGACAGCAGCUGUGAGGCCAGCAUGUGCCCUGCAGAUGGUUGACAGCCUACCCCAAGCAGGGCAUGCACACUCACAUUCACCCUGGUCCUGGUGUCCACAGAGGGCUAUGUGGCAUUAAUGCAUCCAUGACUAGACCUCGCCUGCAGCAGUCCCCACAGCUAUCUGCAGCCCAGCAGAAGGUAGCUGUGUGCUGUCCCUGGAGGUCCCCAGGACCGGGAGCCGUACUCCACUCCUCUCCUCUCCCUGACACGGCCUCAGCCUUCGUGGCUGUCCCCAGCUCACAUAUCCCCCAGCCAACAGUUUCAUCCUGAAGCUUGCUAACAGCUUCAGUCUGAGCAAAGGAGAGCUGGGGAUGCCUGCUCCUGUCCUGUGUCUUUGCUGGUUUGUUUCCUGGCUCUGAGCAAAUGACUCAGUGCUACUUUAAUCUUAGUCUAGCUGCUGCUGCAGCUAUGUUACUACAUACUGUGCAGGUCACCACACAUUCCUCACCCAUGUGUGGCCAGCCUUUCCCACUGUUAGGAGGACUCAGCACUAUACCUGUUGCCAUUUGAGCUCCCACCCCAGUAGGGAGAGGGGAAUGGGCUGCACUUGCAGUCAGAUCAGUGUGUGGGUUCUAUGCAGCUCGGAGGAUGAAAACAGAAGUGGCCUUCCCCAGGCCCAACCCAGCACCUCUCCUUCAGCAAUCUCCGGAAGGUCUGGUGAGGCCUCAUCUGGCAGGACCUGUGGAGGAUGUCAUUCUGGCUCGUGAAAGGCACUCAGGAAGCCCCUCCUGCAGGAAGCUCAACUGACCUGUUAAGUGCCCAGUCCUCUCUGACCCCUGUCUCACCUCCACCCUCUACUUAGGGCCCUUGGCCAACCACAGCUUCUCUGUCAGUGUUUCUCAAGAGCAGAGCCCUCAAAGGCUAGACUGACUGCUAAGGCCUCUGAAGGCUUGUCACAGCAGAGGAGGCUGGGGGUCCAGUACACCUGGAAGCCUGGCCUUUGGCACAGUUCUAGAAGGGUUGUCUGUGAGGGUCAGCUGCACACAGCCUACAAGAGUUAGACGUGUGGACAGUAGCAAUCAAGCCAGCAUCUCUCUCUGAAUUAGGAGGCUGCCCCCUAUUUAUGGGUGAUAUAGAAAGGAAGGUAGGCUUCCAUCAGGGAGAGAGACUGUGUGGGCCCACCUUGGGGAUGGGAGGGGUCUCCAACAAGGCUGUUUCUAGAACCAGUGUCCAGAGCUGUCCCUUAACCUCCUGACUGUAGCUGCUGGGUCUGGCUGAAGCCGGGCUGCUGUGGGGACAGCAGGUACUCAAGGACUCCCACCAGGCAUCAAGAGGCUACCUUUCUGGCUGGGACCAGCCCAGCUGGUGGUUUGGUUUGUGUUCUACACGUCAUGUCUGGAGGUGGUCUGCCUUAUCUGUGGGCUGAAGUGACAUGUGCCUGAGGCCUUUACCAGAAGCAAGAUUGGGCUUGGGGACCUGGAGGACCUGAAGGGGGUUCAACUCUUGUGAACUGUCCUGUCCUGAGGACUCUUUCCUACCUGUUCCCCACCAUCUGUGGGCAAAGUCCUUAGAAGCUGGGUCCCCUCAAGCCAGCAGCCUCUACAAGUGUUAGAAAUCACAGAUAGAGUGUGUACUUAAUUACACUAAAUUAUUGCCGGGACUCCUCAUAAGCACUAAUUACACCUGAUUAUAGGUUAAAAUAUUUAUUUUGUCAAAAUAUUUUCUUGAGGAUGUAUUUAACCUUUUCUUGUUCAUUGUAUGCUGAAGUGUGAAGACUGCUCCUUCCUACCUUUUUGGCCAUCAGGCAGCAGUAAAAGAAAGUCACCAGGUGCCCUAGAGGGACCUCUACCCAGGUACCAAGAAGGCAGGCUGGGGUUGGGUAGAGAGUUUCCAACUUGUUUAUCUGUACAUGGGACAUGGGGGGUUGGAGCUAAAAGGGCUUCUUAGUAGCUGUGGCCAGGGCUGGCUCCCACUUACUCUGUCAGCCCCUCAGUGUGAGUGACUGUGACCUGGCUCAUUAUCCUUUCUCCCCACCUGGCCCAUGCUUCCUGCCACAGCACUGCUCAGCCAAGAAAGAGGUGGCAGGUCCUACUGGCCCAGGGGCAAUGAGCUCCUUUGUCCCACCACAAAGCUUCCCUGCCUACCAUCCUCUGACUGAUGGUCUCUCAGAUGGCUCAGGACAGGCCAUGGGCACUCUUGGGGCCAGGUCAGCCCUAGGUGGCUGGCAGGGCAGAGUGAGGGCCUUUGUCCCUGCCUGGCUAGUCUGCAGCCUCCCUGGGGUCUGCUGUUGGGAUGCCUGGGGUCUUCCUGUGGGCUCAGCCACACAGGAGGCCAGUAGGGGAACAUGUCUCCACUUGGAGAUCCUCCCUUUGUGGCCCUCUGGAACCUACUUAGCCCAGUGCCCAGCCCCAGCCCUUACCGUUCAUGGGGUCUAAGCUAGGCUUCCCCUGGCUCCCAAGAACAACUGUGGACCCCAUGUCCUUACUGCUCCUGCCACACUCACACCCUAGGCUCUCUGGGAGAGCCGGGGUAGAAUUUUCUUCCUUAGGGUUUGCACUUCCUUUGUGAGGAUCUGAGGAUCUUUGGAGCUGCUGAAAAGAUGGUAUUGAGUUUGUUAUCCUGUUGUCUCACGAGUCGGGUUCUUGUCCCUGUCUUAUGUUUCUAUGGGUAGAGCUGGUUCUGGAGGGUGACUCAGAGUGACAGCUAGUGUGUUCCCCCCACCCCACUGGCUCUGCUUCCAAAUACUGUCUCAAUUUGUGUUCUUGCAUGUGAAGUACUCCACAAUAAAUAGUUGAACCAGC